AUGGCUCUGAAUCGGCAGUGUCUUAGCGCCGAUGCAAUCGAAAUGGUGGCUCUGUCGAUUCCAGGUGCUUUCCCAGUAGACCGACCCCAUGAGGGCAGCGUCAUUGCCCUCGAACCGCUGUCGCCAACCGGUACGUCGCUGGCUGUUGCUUCUCCUGCUCCUGAGGCCGACUCAGUCGCUACCGACCAACCAUCAGGAGACUCGCCAGAGGUUGCUAUCCUUCAUAGCGGACCAGUGACCUCAGCCGCACCGACGGAAGCAUCGCAGAAUGAUGGGUAUGAAAUCGCUCCUCAGGUUCCGACAGAAACACAGAAGCCAGUGUCUCGGUUCGAGUGGGUGCGACGUCACUUGGCCAAUGUAAAAGUCUGCGCGACUUUGACAAUCAUUCUGACAAUACUCUCGAUCGCGUUCGCGAUUUAUUACGGUCAAAAUUCCAACAAGCGCGCGGACAAGGGUAAUGCUACAUCUCAGAAAGAGUUCAAGCUGAGUCUCUGGGAUGAUUGCCAUGAUCGGCCGGACAUGCAGAAUCUUACUGUGUGCCGACCAGUAUUUUCUGAGAAUUACUGGAGUACAAGUAGCGAAGCACUAUACCGCCGAGAUGGUCAGCGUAUACAUGACGUACUCAGACUGAACCUACGGCUUACCGUCCAAGCCUACGAAAAAGAUUUUCUCCGGAACGCUUGUUCAGGUCAAAUGUAUUCCGCACAGUGCUUGAAAGCAAUUCUCGGUAUAAUUUGGGGAAAACUUCGAGAGUGGGAGCCUUUCUACGAGAAACCUAUCGACUCUAUUUUCAAAAACACUGCAACGUUCGUUGAUACGGUUUUAGAGGUGGUGGUUAUGCUUGGAAUUAGCUUCACCGCAACGGCAACUCUCGUGAUCAUCAUUAGAAUUAUGCUCCCCCAAACGACGGCCACAAACCCAUUGUCUAUUAGAAACUUAACUAGCGUUGCAUGUGCAAGUCUGGCGAUACCUUUGGCGAUGAGGAUCUUAGGGUCCAUUAAAACGGCACCCGAAUCAACAAACAUUGAUAGUCGCAGAACUGGAGUAUGGACGGAUCCGUUUGAAAAAGCGCUCAUAUUCCUUGCCAUCAUUGUCAUGAGCUUCAUGUAUAUAGAACUUUGUUUUAAAAGGCGCAGAGAUGAGGAAGCCUUGAUGGAAUCACCCCUGCCAGGCAAAUCUCUUUGGGUCUCUGUGAUUAAGCGUGACAGCCGCAAGAUUGCGAGAAUCAUUGGCAAGAAGAUUAAGAUUCAUUGA